GUGGGAUGGGGGUUGAGGACAACGGGGAAGAGAGGGGGAAAUGGGUGGCCUGGAGUUUGUGAUCUGUAGAGGGGCAAGAGUGCACACCUGCAGACUCAGCCACCGUUGCUCUGGGCCACCUGAUAAGUUGGAACAGCCAUCCAGAAAUGCCUCUACAAGGCCAGCCAGAUCUGGGCCAAGGUCAGGUCUCCCUCCCUUUCCCCGCUGCCGCUAGGCUUCUGGCCUCCUGGGGAAUCCAGGAAGAGGGAAGGACUGAUGUCAUGUAGUGGGAGUGAGGUCACCCUGUCUGCUCCAUCCUGUGAGCUGAAACCUCUCAGCACCCACCCAGCAGGUUCUGGCUUCCCCAAGUUCUCCCUGAAACCAGAUGCCCGUGGAGGAAAGAGUAGCCACCAGGGGGCGCCUGUGGCAAGAGUGUGGUGGACCAAGGGGUGGAGGCUGGGCAGGUCUCUGUUCCUGGAAUGGGCCAGGAGGGAGGAGGAGCAAGCGGAAGGGGAGGGUGUGUUUCUGGCCGGCUCGCCCAGGCCGACGAGAAGACAGCCCCUCCGGUGGCCAGUCUGGGCGCCCUGUGACCGUGGCUGCAGGUGGCUGUGGCUUCCUGGGGGAGCAUGUGGUGAGAAUGCUGCUGCAGCGGGAACCCCGGCUCUGUGAGCUGCGGAUCUUUGACCUGCACCUGGGUCCCUGGCUGGACGAGUUGAAGACAGGGCCCGUGCGGGUGACUGCCAUCCAGGGGGAUGUGACCCAGGCCCACGAGGUGGCAGCGGCUGUGGCUGGAGCCCACGUGGUCAUCCACACGGCUGGGCUGGUGGACGUGUUUGGGAAGGCCAGUCCUGAGACCAUCCAUGAGGUCAACGUGCAGGGCACACAGAACGUGAUUGAGGCUUGUGUGCAGACUGGAACACAGUUCCUGGUCUACACAAGCAGCAUGGAAGUUGUGGGGCCCAACGUCAAAGGCCACCCCUUCUACAGGGGCAAUGAGGACACCCCAUAUGAAGCAGUACACAGACACCCCUAUCCUUGCAGCAAGGCCCUAGCUGAACGGCUGGUUCUGGAAGCCAAUGGAAGGAAGGUCCGCGGGGGGCUGCCUCUGGUAACAUGUGCCCUGCGUCCCACUGGCAUCUACGGUGAAGGCCACCAGAUCAUGAGGGACUUCUACCACCAGGGCCUGCGCCUGGGGGGUCGGCUCUUUCGGGCCAUCCCAGCCUCUGUGGAGCAUGGCCGGGUCUAUGUGGGCAACGUGGCCUGGAUGCAUGUGCUGGUGGCCCGGGAGCUGGAGCAGCGAGCGGCACUAAUGGGUGGCCAGGUGUACUUCUGCUAUGACAAAUCACCUUAUAAGAGCUACGAGGACUUCAACAUGGAGUUCCUGCGCCCCUGUGGACUGCGGCUGGUGGGCACCCGCCCGCUGUUGCCCUACUGGCUGCUGGUGUUUCUGGCUGCCCUCAAUGCCCUGCUGCAGUGGCUGCUGCGGCCGCUGCUGCUCUAUGCGCCCCUGCUCAACCCCUACACACUGGCUGUGGCCAACACCACCUUCACCGUCAGCACCAACAAGGCUCAGCGCCAUUUUGGCUAUGAGCCCCUGUUCUCAUGGGAGGACAGCCGGACCCGCACCAUUCGCUGGGUGCAGGGCGUGGAGAGCUCAUCCCAGUGACGGUGGAGCUGGGACCUAGAAGCCCAGCAUGGCACAUCCUUCUGGGUCCAGAGCCCUCAAACCCUGGAUGGGAGGAAAGGGUCUGGUGCCAGACUGGCUCUUCUGGAGCUUUCCACAGUUUAAUUCCAUGGGCCAUGAGUCUGUCCUGAUGCCCCUAAGUUCUAGGGCAGGAGUGGCUUCACUCUCAACCCAGGCCUGACGGCUGGCUGGUGAGAGCCUGACUUCCCUGGUGUUCUCAACUGCCCAUCCCAUUGCUGGAUUUUCCAGCAGGAAGCGGGUAGAAGUUCCACAGGCCUCAUGCUGGCCUUCUGACGUCUAAGCAUGAUCCUCAGGCCUGGACUCAGAGUGAAGGUGCUUUCUGGCUCCUCUACCAUGUUUGUCCCUUCUUGGGGGGUCAUAGUCUCAUUAUUUUAAAACAUUGAUCACCUUUAGACAUUUAUCUUGUAAUUCUCUUCAAUGAAAUCUGAGGAAAUCCAUGUAUUUUCACAUGUUCCCGCCCCUAUACCCAAAUCAGUUCCUGCAAUAUUGUUACAUCUCUGCCUGAGGAUGCCCCAGCAAUGUUGUACCUGGCCAAGCCCUGGAUUAAAACUCCUUAUCCAA